AGUGAGGUUGGGAUGUCACCGCCCAAGAAAGGAUUAAGAAGAGGAGUUGGGAGGGCCGAUGCGCAGAUAUACAAAUACUUGCAUCACCAAUCAUCCAUUCUUCGGGACACCUACGUGAGAUGGCUGCAAUAGCAGCGGGUGCCGAAGCCCAUCCAGUCUAUGAUCGAGCUAAAGAGCUGAAGGAGUUCGACGACACGAAAGCCGGCGUCAAAGGUCUCCUCGAGUCCGGUGUGGCCAAGAUUCCAAGAAUCUUCGUCACCCCACCGGAGGAUCGCCCCAAGCCAUCCAGUGGUCCACCGACUGCUCUCCAAGUCCCGGUGAUAGAUCUCCAAGCCAUAGAUGAUGCCUCUCGACGGAAGGAAAUCGUCAGGGAGGUCUGCGAGGCUUCAAAGACAUGGGGAUUCUUUCAGGUGGUGAACCAUGGGAUCCCAAUAGGUAUCUUGGAGGACAUGCUUGAAGGUGGAAGAAAGUUCCAUGAGCAGGACAGAGAGGAGAGGGCAAAAUUCUACUCUCGUGACCGUAUGAAGAAGGUGGCAUAUUUCACAAACGUUGAUUUUUACAAAUCGCGCGCUGCCAGCUGGAGGGAUUCGCUAUACUGUUUCUUCGACGGUGCUCUGGAUAUCAGUGAUAUACCUUCGGUUUGCAGAGAGGUCAUGCUGAACUAUAGAGAGCGGGUACUUGAUGUCGCGGAUGUUGUUGGUCAGCUGCUAUCAGAGGCUCUUGGACUGAGCCCAAGCUUUCUAAAUAACAUUAACUAUAACAGAGUACAAUACCUGCUUGCCCACUACUAUUCACCAUGCCCAGAGCCAGAGCUGACGUUUGGCAACAACAAGCACGCCGACCCAACAUUCAUAACUAUGCUUCUCCAAGACAACCAUGGUGGCCUUCAAGUCCUGCAUCAGAACAACUGGGUGGAUGUAUCUCCCAUUCAUGGAGCUCUUGUAGUAAAUAUUGGUGGUCUCCUUCAGCUCGUUAGCAACGACAUGUUCAAGAGUGUUGAACAUCGGGUGCUGGCGAGCCGCGAAGGGCCGAGGGUGUCGGUGGCGCUGUUCUGUUAUCCAAGCUUUCAUGAACAGAAGCUUUAUGGCCCCAUCAAGGAGUUGUUAUCUGAUGAGAAUCCUCCAAAAUAUAGGGAGUUUCUUGUGCAAGACUACCUCGACUACUACACUUCUAAGGAACUUCCAGGGAAGUCUCACUUGGACCACUUCAAGCUGGGACACGAGAAGUAGAGACUGAUAUUAUGGUUUCGAUCAUGAGGUUGCUUAUUAGGAUGUUGGUGUGCUGUUUGUUGUGUGAUCUUCUGAAAUAAAAUUUAUGUUAGCAGGGUACCGUGUGUAUUUUCUCUCUGUUUGCUAUCUAUAGCAGCCUAUUGAUCUUAUAUUAUUUUUCAGGCUUGUAAUAAAUUCUGCCAGAUUAUGUGUGUUUCAAGCUAGCCAAUAAGUGGAUGCCUUGAUCGCCUCUUUUGUA